AUGAAGACUCUGAGCCUGCUCGCCAUCUGCGCUCUCCUCUCAGUCUGCUGGGCCACGGGAGGUAAGGAGCGUUCCAGAACAUCAUCACCGUCCUCGUCGAGUCUUACGUGGACCACGAUGGCGGCUCUGACCACUCAGACAACGGCGACCUCGCCGAUGCCGGCGACCUCGCCGAUGACGGCGACCUCGCCGAUGCCGCCGACCUCGGCCGAUGACGCCGACCUCGCCGAUGACGCCGACCACGCCGACUCUUCGGCAUCCGACUCUUCCGACUCAUCGUCAGACUCGUCCGAUUCGGACUCUGACUCAAACUCUGACUCAGAUUCAGACUCUGACUCUGAUUCUUCCUCCUCUUCGUCCGAGUCGGCCAGCACUGAAGCCUCUCAAGAUCACGCUCAAGACGACUCUCACGUGCUCACGAAGCGAGACGUGGCUUCCGUUCUGCUGAGGACGAGACGCCAAGCCCCCCUCACUUUUUACCACAUGGAGCGUCUGAGAGAGGUGUGCGAGCUGAACACGGGCUGCGACGAGAUGGCGGAGACGCAAGGCAUCGUGGCGGCCUACACGGCCUACUACGGACCCCCUCCCUUCUAA